AUGGGUUGCUCUUCAAGCAGUGAAACAAGAUGUGAUGAAACACUUUAAGUUAAUAAAACUAUAUAACUUUCUAGUGGCCAAUAAAUUCCUCUUUUUGGUCUAGGCACUUAUGAGUCAAAUAACAAGGAUAUCAUGACUAAUCUUAUCAGAACAGCUCUAGAUAAAGGAUACAGAUUGAUUGAUACCUCAAAAAUAUACCAAAAUGAAAAAAUGAUUGGGAGUGCUCUAAAAGAGAUAUUUAGUGAAGGAAAAUAUAAGAGAUCUGACAUAUUUAUUGUUACCAAAAUCAUACCAUUAAAAUAGCAAAAUACCGAGGAAGCUGUUAGAGGAUGCUUAUAAGAUUUACAGCUUGAAUAUGUUGAUUUACUCUUACUGCACUGGAGCUUUGUACCUCCUGGUGACAAUUUACAAUUUAAUCAUAAGCCUGUACAUACCUAGUGGAAAGAGCUUGAAGAUGCUUACUAAAAAGGACUUACAAAAUCGAUUGGUGUUUCUAACUUUAAAACAUAGAGUUUGAUUGAUUUGUUGUCUUAUUCAAAAAUAAAACCAGUUGUAAAUUAAAUUGAAGUGCAUGUCUUUAAUUAGCAAAAAAGAUUGGUUGAAUUCUGCUAGAGCAUAGGGAUACAAAUUAUGGCUUAUAGUCCUAUGGCAAAGUAUGAUAAAAUUGUAAAUAACGAAACAUUAAAAAAAAUAGCUUAAAAGCACAAUGUCUCUGUCGCUUAAGUUUUGUUGUAGUAUCUACUCCAAAAGAAAAUAAUUGUUAUUCCUAAAACAGAAAAACCAGAGAGAUUAUAAGAAAAUUACAAAUCUCUCUUCUUAAAGUUAGACGAAAAUGAUAAUUAAUAAAUUUUAAAGCUGGAUUCAAAUACCAGAGUUGUUGAUUGUUAACAUUACCAAAACUUUUUUAAAGGAGUUCCCUACUUUGAUUGA